CAAAGGUUCCAUGGAUACCGUAGGCUCACAAAACAAAAAACACAGGCUAUACACAAAACAACAACAAAACACAAUCACACAAAAUGAAGUUCAGCACAAGUCCAAUCCUUGUUCUAUUGUCAGCAGUUUCCCUUCACAGCAAGCAUGCCAAUGCUGCUGUUUCCAGCAGAACCCUGGAAAGUGAGCCCAUGUUUUGCUCCCGUCACAUGGAUUGUAAUGAAUGUCUGAACUAUGGAUGUGCCUGGGGAGGCAAUGGAGAAUGCCACGACACUUGUAUUCCAGACUUGGCCUGCUAUGAUGUCUUCAUCUUUCCACAGCUUGACAUCGUACACACAUGCGAACGGGCCGAGGAAAUGACGGAAGACGAAGCUGUGUGCUCGGAGCAAGACGACUGCCAAGAAUGUACAGGAACCUACAAGCUGGAUGGCUCGACUUGUGAAUGGUACUCAGAUAAAAUGAGUGGAUUGAAAUGGUGUGGCACUGGUGGCUGUGAUGCCUUUGGAAACUGUGGUGAAACGACUUGUAGCAGCAAUGCCAUCAACCAGAAUCGAGAGAAUCUGCCCUGUAGCCAAAUGACACAUUGCAGUGACUGUUUGGAGAAUGACAAUAGUUGUGCUUGGAUUGGAGGAUCCUGUGAGGUAUCCUGUGAUGCGAUUGCUGAUGCUGCCUGCUACAGCGAGUCGACCUUUCCUGAGAUGGAUGAGGAGCAAAUCUGUUGGAUGUAUCGCACAGAAGAGGCCAAUGAGGCACGUUGCGGAGCCCAAACCAAUUGUGGAGACUGCACCAUCACACAGAAGCUUGGCUCUAGUGAUUCUUGCACAUGGUACAGUUUCGCCAAUGCUCAGGGAGGUGUGUGUGGAACGGGUGGCUGCGGUAUAACUGGCAAGUGUGGAGUCUCUAAGCCUGAGGGCUGCAAGGCUCGCAGGACCAACAGUUUUCUUGGCUGGUAG